AUGUCUCAAGAAUCUACUUCAACCCAAUCUUCUUUAGAAUCUUUGUACCAAGUUUUCUCACAUCAACAAUCUACUUCUCAACAAUCUACUUCUCAACAAUCUACUUCUCAACAAUCUACUUCUCAACAAUCUAUUUCUCAACAAUCUAUUUUUCAACAAUCUAUUUCUCAACAAUCUACUCCUCAACUAUCUACUUUUCAACAAUCUACUCCUCAACAAUUUACUUUUCAACAAUCUACUCCUCAAUCUACUUCUCAAUCUACUUCUCAACAAUCUAUACAAUCUUCUUCUCAACAAUUUUCUUUUCAACAAUCUUCUAUUUUAUCUUCUAUUCCACAAACUUUUCCACAACUUACUCAUCAAGAUUCUCAACAAUCUAUUAUUAAUAUGUUUGAAGAUUUUGUAUUUGAUAAUACUAUUAUUGAAGAAUUUAAUAAUUCAGCAGAUUUACCUAUUGUUUAUAAAUUUUAUACUUUUAUUAAAGAUACCAAAAGAUUUAAAUGCAAAUUAUGCUCAACUGAUUAUGCUAAGCCAAAAAAUAAAUCUACUGGAACAAUGCGAUCACAUCUUAAAAAUAAACAUCAAAUUGAUUUAAAUGAAUUAGAAAAUAAAACAACAGGAAAAAAAAAAUUUACACAAGCAGAGUUUAUUAAUAUAAUUACUGAUUGGAUAGUUGAUGAUGAUCAAUCAUUUCGAGUUGUUGAAAAACCUAGUUUUAAAAGAAUUAUUGAAUAUUUAAAUAAUGAAGCAAAACUUGUAUCUGGGACAACAAUUAAAAAUAAAAUUAUAUCAAAAUAUGAAUCUGAGCAAAUUGAAAUUAUUAAUAAAUUACAGAUUUUAGCAAUUACAACUGAUAAUGCAUCUAAUAAUAAUACAAUGUUUAGAUAUUUUGCUAAUCAUUGUAUUUAUAAUCAAAUUAAUUUUGAUAUGAAUAAUCAAAGAGUACGAUGCUUAGCACAUAUAAUUAAUUUGGCAGCUCAAGAUCUUUUAAAAAAUCUUAAAGCUGAAGGACUUAAUGAAAAUAAAAUUUUAUUAAAUAAUGAAGAUAUUAGUUCUACAGUAAAAAAA